UAUAAAGCACUUCGUUUUUUAAACACCUUAUUUCGAUUUGUGGAAGAAUUACAGUUCGAAUCAUAGUAGUAUUUGAAAAUAAGCACUUGUCAAUCAAAAAAUCUUCAUAUUUCCUUCUCGCUCUGUUUAGUGACAGUUGCCAUCUCUGUCGAUUUGCUUUUGAUUUUACUGUCGGUUUCUUUUUGGUUAAGUACAAAUCCCUUUUUCAACUAUUUCCGAUCAUUUUCAAAAUUUUUGUGCUUGGCAAUUGCCCAUUUGGCUACAAGCUCUCAUUUUAGUGCCCCGGUGUUUGGGAAUCGGUAUACGGGCAAGGGCCAAUGAUGAAGUUCAGUGUUCGCGUGGCGAUGAGAUGCAGUGGAGCCGGCUCCAUCCUCGAGCGAAAUAUCCUCUGCAGGAUCAUAGGGCGCCACAAAUGUAGCUGUUUGACCCUGGAGAACACGUUCAAGUGCUACGACCUGGAGAAUGGACCCACCAUGGACGUGGAGCUGUCCAGGGAGGACGCCCUGACGAUGUACACGCAGAUGCUGGAACUGCGCCGGUUCGAGACGGUGGCGGGCAACUACUACAAGGAGCGAAAAAUCCGCGGCUUCUGCCAUUUAUACAACGGACAGGAGGCCGUGGCUGUUGGCAUGAAGCAGCGUUUGCGGUCCUGCGACUCGGUCAUAACGGCGUACCGGUGUCAUGCCUGGACCUAUUUAAUGGGUGUUUCCCUUUACGAAAUAAUUGCGGAAUUGUUCGGAGUCCGAACUGGAUGCAGCCGGGGCAAAGGUGGCUCUAUGCACAUGUACAGCGAUAAGUUCUAUGGCGGCAACGGUAUCGUUGGUGCCCAAGUUCCGCUCGGCGCCGGAAUCGGCCUCGCCCACAGUUACCGCAAGGACAACGGCGUGUCUGUGGUCCUUUAUGGUGAUGGUGCCGCCAAUCAGGGCCAGAUCUUCGAGUCCUUCAACAUGGCCAAGCUCUGGUGCUUGCCCUGCAUUUUCGUCUGCGAGAACAAUCACUACGGCAUGGGCACCCACGUUAAGCGGGCCUCUGCCAUGACGGAGUUCUACAUGCGUGGCCAAUAUAUCCCUGGUCUUUGGGUCGAUGGCAAUCAGGUGCUGGCCGUGCGCAGCGCCACCCAGUUCGCCGUGGAGCAUGCCCUCAAACACGGACCCAUUGUGCUCGAGAUGAGCACCUAUCGCUAUGUGGGUCACUCCAUGUCCGAUCCGGGUACAUCGUAUCGCUCAAGGGAGGAAGUCCAAGCAACGAGGGAGAAACGUGAUCCGAUCACCAGUUUUCGCAGCCAGAUCAUCGCCUUGUGCCUUGCCGACGAGGAGGAGCUGAAGGCCCUGGAUGAUAAGACUAGGAAGCAGGUCGAUAGCAUUUGCAAGAAGGCCACCACCGACAGGGAGGUGGAACUUGAUGAGCUGCACACCGAUAUCUAUGCCAAGAAUGUGGAUGGUAAGAUCCGCGGCGUGUCCGGAUUCCAUUUGGAGCACAUCAAGCUGGCGGAGGUGUGCUUUGGCAAGCCGAAGAAGACGCCGGCCAGCGAGAUCAAUGACGUCCCAGUGGGCGCAGAGAUUGACGUGGCCAAGGCCAAGGAACGGCAGGCCAAGCAGGAUGCCAAGAAGGCCAAGGAAGCCAAGGGUGGCAACAAGAAGGGCGCGGACGCCAAGCAGCCCAAGGGCGAGGGCAACGAUGGCGAUAAGAAGGCAAAACCAGCCGCACAGCCGCCCACCAAGGCGCCACCUGCCCCCAAGAAGUAAUAUGCCCCACGGAAGGGAACACACCAUCGUAGCUUUUCAGCAAGUUGCAAGUUUCGCCAGAGUGCUUUAGCUGGUUUCUGAACCCAAAAGCAAGCAAAUUUUUGUAAAACUAUAAGUUUAAGUUGGAAAUAGCAAACUUUAAAUAUAUAUUAUAUUAGUAAAGCAGUUUUUUUUUUUUCUUCUUAAAUUACUACAAGCAUUUGUUUUGAAAGUUUGAAAGUUGAAAGCAUAGAUAAUUACAAGAUACGGUACUUUUGAGAGCUUUUGGGCAAAGCGUUCGAGCUUUUUCCAACGGACACCUGUAGCAGCGCGCUCCUUGGCGGCUAAUCGAGCGGAUCUGCGGAGAUCAGAGCAGUCCACUCAUUUAUCAUUCGCCUAAAUGGCUUCUUAUUCUUCUUGGUCUUAUCUCCCCAGUUCAGUUGAGUUGCGAUGAUAUGGGUUGCGUUGAGAGCCACGAGCUGUGCGCCCGCCCUCUCCCUCUCCAUCUCCCUCGCCCGCACCCUCUCGCUCGCACACCUGCCCGACGUCCGGGGAAUAUAGUCGAUAUGACCGAUCGGGGAUUCAGUCUCCUCGCGAUGCUCUGGCGUUGAUCUUCGCCGAUCUUCACGUGCUAACCGAGGUCUUUCCUGUCGCCUGUUCACUCUUUUUUUUUUUUGGUUUUUUUCACUGCGGCGCUCUUUAGUUUUUUAUACAUUUUGUUUGGCUUCACGCUGCUUUCAUACUUAGCACACAAAAAUGUGCGCUCUUGGCUUCUUUUUAAGUUCGUUUAUUUUAUUUUAUUUAUUUAUAAGUUCGCACUAAAAUCGUGCAAAACAUUUAUGUUGGCGUUAUUUCCUUGUUUCAACCUUUCGGCUUCAAUUGUUGACAAUUGUGAUGGAAGUGGACUGCAGGAAUAUGGAAAAUUUUAAAAUGACAUGCCGCCGAAAUGCGUGAACGCUUUGAAAACAAUAAUAAUUAAUACUCAAUGACCAAUAAAACAAUAGCAAUGUGUAAUUGAUGGACUUGCGGCCAAAAUAUAAUUAGCAG